GAGGGGGUCCUCUGGACCCAGCAUCAGUCUCAUCUUCACUCUCAUCAUCAUCCCAUCCUCAUCCUCACCAACAUGAAGACACUGGUAGUGCUGGUGGCUGCCCUGGCCACUGCCUCGGCCGGCAACAUCGGGCACAUCACGCAGGCCGCCUUCCCUGGGCGCGCCGUGACCGGCUUCCAGCCGUCCAUCGGCUAUUCGGCCGCGGCGUACGGCGGCUACAGCGGCUACGGCGGCUAUAGCGGCUACGGCGGCGCUCAAGCCUACCAGCAGCACUACAGCGCGCCGGAAGCAGCUCCCUCACCACACAUCCUGAGCGAGGAGCACCACACGACCACCACCAAGAAGAUCGCUCACCCGGUCGGGCGCCCGUUCCAGGUGCCCGUCCAGAGGAACGUCCCAUACCCAGUGCCCGUGCCACAGCCCUACAAGGUUGACCGCCCUUACCCCGUGCCGGUGCCCGUGCCCCAGCCCUACAAGGUUGACAGACCGGUGCCCACCCCCGUAGAGCGCAAGGUGCCCGUGCCGGCGCCCUACCCUGUGCCCUACCCUGUCCGCACCCCCGUGCCCGUACCCGUCAAGCAGCACUACCCGGUCCCCGUCGUGAGGCGCUACCCUGUGCCCGUGCCCGUUCCCGUGCCCCAGCCCGUGAUUGCCCAGCAAGCUCAAGUCUACACUGCUGCCCCGGCCUACGCUGCUGCCCCGGCCUACGCUGCUGCCCCGGCCUACGCUGCUGCCCCGGCCUACGCUGCUGCCCCGGCCUACGCUCCAGCGCCAGCCUACGCUCCUGCUCCUGUCUACGCCCCUGCCCCAGCCUACGCACCAGCCCCAGCCUACGCACCAGCCCCAGCCUACGCACCAGCCCCAGUCUACGCUCCCGCCCCAGCCUACCCUCCCGCCCCAGCCUACGCUCCCGCCCCAGCUUAUGCUCCUGCCCCAGCCUACGCCCCUGCCCCCGCGCCUGCUCAGCUCCCAAUCGUUGAGGACCGAGGUGCCCCCCUGCUGGCUCCUGCCCCGGCCCCUGCCCCCCAGCAGUUCCAGCCCGCACCCAACCCUGCCCCCGAGUACCCGCAGCAGGAGUACCUGCCACCUCAGCAGGAGAUCCGCCAGGAGGAGAACCGCGAAGAGUACCCACCCAACGCUCCUGCACCGGCUGAGCGCAACCAGGGCCAGUACUGAGCACCGCACUACCAUGUCUUCGAUGUUUUAUUCACCAUCAUUUCAUCAUGAACGUUCUUAUGUUUCUGUUAACCUUUACCAUCUUCAUUUCUCAUCAACCCUUGAACGUUUUUGUUAUUGUUGUUUUUAGAUCGAGACUGAAUCAUAAAAAAAAUAUUGUUACAAGAAAUAAAACUACUUUGGAACUACUA